AUGCUAGCUUAUGGUAACUAUCAUGGUGCUGUUCAAUUUGCAAAAGCAAAAAGUCCGUCAAUUCCUAUUGCUCUUCAAAAGGUGUACCUUCAGCCUGCAUCCACUCAAACAGGGAUGAAAGCAGGCAGAACUGUGCAAAGAAUUCUCAAUUUGGCAAGUUUCAAAAAUGUGAAAUCAAAGGUCAUUGGUUCAAGGAAUUCUUAUAACACAGUGAAGGCUAUUUUUGAGGCUCUAAAUGCGGAAGAUAUUUUCACAUUUGUGAGGCAUUUUCGGGUGAAGAUGGAGUACGGUGUUAUUGGUAAAUUGAUGAAGAGGCUAAAAGUAGCUGAAGGGAAGGAAAAAUUUCUUAUUCGGGUAAAGUUGAAUAAGGCCAUGAUGAUGGUAAAAUCGAAAGAAGCAUAUGAUCCAAAUGAUCCCACCAAUUAUGGAAUCAUUCAGAAUGAUCAGUUACGAUCUUGCGUUGAUCUUCUACAAGAUGUUGGUUUUGAAAGGGAGCAGCGGUUGAUACAAGGUGGAGAGAGUAAUGAUGACUUACAGUUUGAUAACAUGAAGGAGAAGAAUACUAUAAUAAUGGAAAAACCUCAUGAAUUAGACAAGAUACUUGAGCAGAACCUGUUGGCAUUGGAUAACACCUUUCGAAACAAAGAGAAGAUUCUCGAGGAAGAAAUUAGAGAUCUUGCUGAGGAAACGAACUCAUUGAUUGAGAAGAACAGAACACCUCUCUACAGGAAAAUAUGCGGAUGCCUAUUCUGCCUUUCUUAA